AUGAGAAAAGGCCUUUUCAUAGUACUACUUCUAUCUAUUAUGGGAUGCAUGGCGGCAACCGAGCAGAUCAAUUGCUAUUUAAAUAGCAUUAAGCGAAAGGCCAAGGAGCUAUGUGAAAAAAUCGGAGGCGUAGAAGGAGUCAAAGACAAAUUUCACAAGCACGUGGUGCCCGUGGGACAGAAAAUAAAGGACCACUCAAAGGCUCUUGUUGCAAAAGCAAAUGAUUUUGGAAAGAACCAGGCAGUUCCGCACGCCAAGAGAAUCUAUGAAAAUAUAAAACAAAGCAUAUCAAAGGGCAAAGAGGAGAAAGAAAUGCAGCUGGCAAAGUCUGAAGCUGAAAAGAACAAGCAAGUUGCAGAAACAGCGCCCAUGGGUGAGGAGGCGCAUGUUGAAAAUUCAGAAAAUGAGAAGACCAAAAUAGACGAACUUGAAAAGUUCCUGCAUGAGCUUCUAAAAAGCAUCAAAGAAAAAGAAGGAAAUCAUGGUGACUUUGAAAACGACUACAAUUCUGAUUUAGAUGGGGAGCUAGAAAACGAAACUGCAAGAGAUUCAACAAGCGGAGAGCGAGGGCAGCCUACUGAGGAAGAUCUAAAGAAAGACCUUUAA